AAAAACGCAACAAGAAAACUAAAUAUUUAACAUCAUUGUUUAAAUAAAUAUGGCUUCGCCACCUGAAAGUCCCAUCGAGGAGGUGGUUUAUGAACUAGAACAAACACGAGUGCCUAAACCAAUACCCGUUGCACUAGAGGAUUUGUGCCGUCAAACAAAAUUUACAAAACAGGAAAUACGUGUCAUGUAUAGAGGAUUUAAAACGGAAUGUCCUGAAGGUGUGGUGCACGAAGACUCUUUCAAGGAUAUUUAUGCAAAAUUUUUUCCACAUGGCAAUUCAAGUUUAUACGCUCAUUAUGUGUUCAAAGCAUUCGAUGUGAACUGCAAUGGUGCCAUCAGUUUUCGGGAUUUAUUGGUUACGCUGUCGACAUUAUUACGUGGUUCAGUUUACGAGCGUUUACGUUGGACAUUUAAACUUUACGAUUUGAAUGGGGAUGGUCGCAUCAGUCGUUCGGAAUUAAGUGAAAUUGUUUUGGCCAUACACGAGCUGAUGGGUCGGAGGGCGCAUCAGCCGGAAGAUGAUCGAAAAGCCAGAGAUCAGGUCGAUCGUGUUUUUCGCAAACUCGAUCUCAAUCAAGAUGGUAUCAUAACAAUUGAAGAAUUUCUGGAGGCAUGCCUUAAAGAUGAUCUUGUCACAAGAUCUUUACAAAUGUUCGACAAUGACCUUUGAUGACCCGCAACCGAUUAUGAAAUACGAAAUAAUCGUAACACAAUAUCUUUAAUAGAUCUUUAAACAGCAACAUUAACAACCCAAA